AUGGGGAAACUUUCAGGGAAGACUGAAGUGACUACGAGCGGCCUGCGAGAGCGAAGCCAUCGCGGCAAGUUCCUGGUCGCCGCAGCUGUUGGCGCCAUCUUGUACACCUCCACAGGAUUGCUCUACCGAAUUCCGCAGUGGGCUCCAAUCUCAGACCUAAGCUCGUCACUACCAGGAGUCGGUGACGAUUAUAUUGAGAAGUCACUGUAUGGCUCCUUCCCGAAAGCAGGAGACCCAUUCCACUUCAUACCGUGCACAAGUGCCAGUUUGCUUCCUAGCCUGGACGAUGCUGACCCUGAAGGAUCAUGGGCAAAACUCUUCGACCCGGAUCCCAGUCACUGGAGCUGGGGCAAGCCCAAGUCAGCCGAGACUUCCUACCAUGAAGAUCCGUACUCUGGACGCGGAAUCUACCUUUGCGGCUACAUUGAGACGCCGCUUGAUUACACCAACCUCUCGGACAAACGCAUUGUGCGACUUGCUGUCACGAAGUACCAAGUUUCAGGCCUGGCACACAUUGGCGUCCCGGACAGUAACUCAGAUGCCGGCAAGAAGAGCGAGAGAACAAUCGUGCUUGAACCUGGCGGCCCCGGGGGAAGUGGCACUUCUUACCUUUGGCGUACUGCCGAGGACCAGACCGAACGAUUCAGCGGUGGGACCUACGACGUCCUUGCGUGGGACCCCCGUGGUGUCAACGCCUCCCUUCCCGCCGUGUCGUGUUUCCCAUACGAUGCCGACCGAGAUCACUGGUCCCUACGAACGUGGCAGUACCGUGAAGUCUCGCCUUCUCCUAAAGCUCAGCUUGAAUUUGCCGAUGCCAUGCUUGAGUCCACAUUGAACGCUUGCUGGCAGCUACAUGGGGACAUCGGCAGGUUUGUCUCUACGGCCUUCGUCGCACGGGAUUUGGAGGAGAUUCGCAAAGCCAUUGGCGAAGAGGAACUGACGGGAUAUCUCGUCAGCUAUGGAACCGGCAUUGGGCAGACUUAUGCUAAUAUGUUCCCCGAAUCGGUUGGUCGCAUGAUUUUGGACGGGACCGAGUAUGUCAGAGAUCAUCGUUUACUUGCAGGUUUUGGAUGGACGGCCCUUGAUAACGGGACUAAUGCCUGGGACGAUGGCUUCCUGGGAGAGUGCAUUAAUGCCGGUCCGAAAUACUGUGCUCUUGCUAAGCCAAAACAUGGCAAACCCGUAACGCUCCCAGAGCUCAAGCAACGCAUGCAGGCCUUGCUAAACGCUACCAUUGAACGACCAAUUCCUGGUUAUUCAAAGACGAAGGGACCUUCUCUAGUCACCUACUCUAGGCUAGUAGAGUCAUUGUAUGGGGCGAUGUACAAUGCCAGGUCUUGGCCUGCAUUGGCCCAGAUGCUUUUUGAACUGGAGGCUGGCAAUUCAAGCCUAGCCGUCUCCUUCAUUGACGACUGGCAAUACGACCCGACACUACCAUGCCCUUUAAACCCGACAAAGCCAACAUCCGAUGAGUUAAGCAUUCUAGUCAUCUGCGCAGAUGCCUACGAUGCGCCGCAACCAGAAGGACUUGGUUGGUGGCUAGACUUGUGGAGCAACAUGACUGAGAAAUCCUGGAUAGCUGGGAAUUCGCGGUUCACCAGUGGCUUCCCAUGCCGUCACUUCUCUGAUUUCUGGCCAAAGCCAGCUGAGGUUUAUCGCGGUGACUUGAAUAACACACUGAAGAACCCGGUCCUUCUGAUUGCAGAAACCUACGACCCUGCGACACCAUUACGCAACGGAAAGAGGCUCUUGGAGGAGAUGGGCAAGAAUGCGAGACUUAUUGUCCACCACGGAUACGGUCACGGCUCUAGAGAUGCGUCAGCUUGCACCGACUCCAUUGCGAGGGCGUUCAUUCUGAAUGGGACAUUGCCUGAAGAGCAUGAAAUCGCGUGCUAUGCCAACGAAAAGCCAUAUCUGUACGGCAUCAAGGAUACAGAAGUUCAAAUGCAUGGAGAGAGUUGGGAUCCAGUUAUUGCUUGGCGUGAGCACAAGAAGGAGAUAGAGAUUCAUGGCCUAUAG